AUGUCCAAAUGCACGGCAUCUGAGUCUCAUGAUGACGAACCUACCUCGAAACGCGUCAGGAAUCAUGAAGGGACGAGAGCACCAUCACCGCUGGCAGAUCACGGCGCAUGGCGCGUUCUGGAACAGUACCUCACUACUGAGAUGACCUACCCUCAGAUGGAGGCAGCCUUUUCCUCGUACUUGGGCAAUCAAUACAACGCGGAUGAUUGGAAAGAAGCUCAUGAUGCUUUGUUCUCCGGCAACGGUGAUAACAGCCUCACCUUAGCAAAUCUUCUCGCCUUGAAGGCCAGGCAUAUACCCCAGGGCACCUCCAGUCCAUCGAAAAUCGUUACCCCGUGGAAAGAUUCUGCCCUAUCCAUGCCUGCCUCGAAGGCAGCCGGUCGCUUGAAAAGCGGACGCGUCCGAAGACCAAAAAAUCCCUUUAUCGACGACAAGGCAUCUGAUAAUGACGAGGAGGAGGAGGAGGAGGAGGAGGACAACUUGCAGGUGGAGGGUGACGAUGGCCCUUCUGUGCGGUCAUUGAAUGUUACACGCUUGCCAGGACCUUCGUCGCCCAAGGAUAGGUUAUCCGUAGCGAUCAAUCACAUCUUCGACAGGUACGAUGGGAACGCCCCAAGCACCUGUCUUAGAGCGGUCUCGUCCUCCAGCGUGGUCCCAAGCAGGAUGUACCUUCUCCAUGUUCACAGAUCUGCCACACAAUGUGUCGCUGAACAUCUCAGGAGCAAUGGAUUUGCAAUUACCGUAUCACCUUGGAUACCAAGCCAGCUCUAUGCUGUCUCAGAUAGCCCUAGAACGAUUGCGACAUCGCUCAAAUUACUCUCUUCCUCCAUGAAAGAUUAUAUUUACAUCUCGGAGGAAGAACAAGCAGCAGUCGAACGUUCAUGCUCUACACUUCCCAACCCCGGGUGGGUGAAGAUCACACAGGGAAAAUAUAAGGGCGACAUCAGCUAUGUCUUUGACCCCAAACAAUCAAAUGACUUCAUCACAGUAUUGAUUCCCCCACGCGACUUCCCCUAUGACAUGCCUAAGAGAUCUGUGGUGCUGCUCAACCGAGCUCACCUGCCGAGUGACAAGACAGUGCCUGACAUUCUUCAGGAUGAUAAAGUCGUAGGAUGGUCAUACAAAGGAGAGCGGUACUACAUGGGACUGUUGCUGAAGAACUUUCGCCGCGACAGCCUGGAGCCGGUCGCCUCCCCUCAUGCUAAUGACAUUCAACUACAUCUCCAGUCCGGGUGGGAUGUACCUUUCUUCAAGAAAACUCUCAAGGCCUUUUCACUGCAGUUCUUGCACGUAGGUGAUUCAGCCAGGCCUAUCACAGGAGAAGUCUGCUCAGAAAUCGGUACGGUCAUCUCGACAAACCAUGUGUCUGGCUCCGCAUGCUUAAAGUUCACCCUCGAUGGACAUGGACAAGAACUGGAAUUUCGACUCCAGGACAUUGAGCGUGUCUUUUGGGUUGGCGACACGGUUCGAGUCGUAGCGGGCGCUUACGCAGGUCUGGAAGGGCACAUCAUUAAGAAGUCUGGGGACUUGUUUCACAUGUGUCAAGAAACCACCAAUGAAGAGGUGGAAGUAUCGAAGUACUAUUUAGAUCGUUGUCCUUUAACCCACGUACUUCAAUCCCAGCCGCCAAUGCAGCCAGAUUUCGACCCUCUUCCCGAGUCCGAAUCUCUUCAAAUCGGGGAUGAGAUAGAAGUAUGUGCGGGAGAGUACAUGGGGAAAUGCGGGAUUGUGGUGUGGUUUCCUAUGGGGGGGACCACGCUGUGGUUCCGGGCUGGGGGCAAUAUCAAGGAUCAGUUGAUCAACGCCCCUGCAGCAUUUGUACAGCACAUUCAUCCCUUCAAGACUCUCCAAUUUACCAAGGAGAGGGGUUAUGAUGUUAAGCCCAGAGAUGUCGUGACUGUUGCCCAUGGGCCAGAGUUCCAGACAAAAGGGAUCGUGCAAACCGUGGACUUUCCAAAUGCGCGCCUGACCCAGAUAUCUGAGGGUAAUUACUCACUCAUAAGUACUAUUCUCCUCAAAUCCAAGACCCCUCCACCUGAUCCCGUAGUCCCAUCCAGUUCUAGUAUGGAUCCCAGCUCCAGCGAGUGGUCCAACUGGACCAGCCAUAACAAUCAUGAUUCGACGAAUAGCCUUUCUGCUGGUGUCAAGACAUAUGACCCCUGGGUUGCUAAUAAUGCAGAGGACAUCGAGGACACCAUUGCAGAUCUAAAGGAGAAGUCCCGAAACAGCAGUGAGUCUCUAACGUAG